AUGGCAAUAGUGAUCACAGAUGCCACAAACGAUAUUCCCAUGUUUAAAAUCAUUGUGGGCUUUUCAGUCUGUGGAACAGAGUGCAUCAUUGGCAUCAUUGGGAAUGGCUUCAUCACAACCAUGUACGGGGCUGAGUGGAUCAGAGACAAAAGACUCUCCAAUCAUGACUGCCUUAUGUUGAUGCUGAGUUUGUCCAGAAUCCUGCUACAGAUUUGGAUAAUGCUGGAGAUGACUUACAGUCUACUAUUCCAAGGCAUUUACAACCAGACCAUGAUAUAUACAACCUUCAAAGCCAUCAGUGUGUUCCUGAACUAUUCCAACCUCUGGUUUGUUGCCUGGCUCAAUGUCUUCCAUUGUCUUAAAAUUGCGAAUUUCAUGCACCCUUUGUUCUUCACAAUGAAAAGGAAAAUCAUCACGUUGAUGCCUCGUCUUGUGUGUCUGUCAAUACUGGGUUCCUUCAGUUUGAGCACUCUCUUCUUUAAUGACAUCUUCAAUGUAUAUAUGAAUAUUUCCAUUCCUAUCCCUUCCUCCAACUCCACGGAGAACAUGUACUUUUCUGAAACCAAUGUGCUCAGCCUGGCUUUUUUCUAUUACCUGGGGAUCCUUGUCCCUCUGAUUCUGUCCAUCCUGGCAGCUACUCUGUUGAUCGUCUCUCUCAAGAGACACACGCUACACAUGAAAAGCAAUGCCACAGGUUCCAGUGAUCCCAGCAUGGAGGCUCACUUGGGGGCCAUCAAAUCUACUGGCUGUUCUCUCAUUCUCUACAUCAGCUAUGGGGUUGUUCAGUUUAUUUCCAUGGCAAACAUAUUUGACACAUACAGUUUCUGGGAUGCACUGUGCAAAGCUGUCAUGAUUGCUUACCCAACUGGCCACUCAGUCCAUCUGAUCUUGAGCAACCCUGGGCUGAGAAGAGCCUGGAAAAGAUUUCAGCACCAACUCCAUCUUUAUUUUAAAUGGCAGACUCAGUGA